AUUUGUUCAUCGUAAAAUUAUGGAUAAGAACCAUUAUAAGACACUAUCAAAUAAAGCGAUACAGUACGGAGGACAGAAGAAGGCUAAUUCCCGGCCAAAUAGGAGGAUAUUUAACAACAAAUAGAACAUUUAUGGAGAAUCGCAAGAAAGUCCCUCAAAUUCUUGGAAAUAGGAACUUCAAUUUGCCAAAGAACAAACCGAUGAAUCUGAAUAGGUUUAAGUCUCCAGUCCCUUCUCUGAGUAAUCGUUUUGUAACAAUGAUUGAUGGAAAGAUGAGGAGUCCUAAUAUAAAAUUAAGGGGUAGGCAAAAUCCCAGCUCAAGGAACAAUUCCUCUAACAUCACUCCACUUACAAUGAAGCGGGUCUUUAGCAAGGCUAAGAAUCGGAUUCCAAAAACUGGUUAUAUGACACAAUUGGCUGGAAUUCGGAAGAUUCCAAAAAGCCAAAAGAAAACUCAUAUCAGAUCUUCUGACUCAAACAAAAAUGUAUCAUUAGCCAAGCAGGAUACACUACUUACAGAAACUGAUUUUAGUGAAUUUCCGGAUGUGGCGCCGAAAAAUAUGAGCACUAAUCGGAAGAAUUAUAAGAAAAUUCAGACGAAAAUCGGAUCUCCAAACGUUCGAAAGCUAGACAUGGGAAAAGCGAGGAGGAAAAGGAAAGAAAGCUUGGUGGAUAAAAUUCUUCAAGGCAUUUCUAAGGGAAUGCGCUCCCCUGCAGCUAGACAGUUGAAACCUUUACCCAAUAGUAAAAUAGCCGCUCAGAGAAGAGGGAAAGGUAAAACUAAUGGGAAAGUUACAAAUAUGCAAACCAUCCAGAGGGGUAAAAAGUCCAUCCAUAAUUUGAAUGAAACUCAUAUAACAUCCUUCAUCAGUAGCUCUGCCUUUCGAAAUGUUCAUAAAAAGUUAAAAUAAGCUUCAGUCACAAAUUGGUAAUCAUCCAUCAAAAUAGGUCAUUUGCUAGCCACAGCAGAAGUAGAAGGAGGAUUACUUUAUCCAAUACAAAAACUCCAAAUUAUAAAGAGAGUGUUGCUGAAAGAGCCCAAAGGUACAUCUCAAGGAAACGGAAUGAUGAGAAUAGCAAACUAGAGAGAAAGCGUACUGGCUCCAUUAACUCCGUCCAAUUUAAGAAGCGCAGAAAAUUUGGAAAUCGGAUAAAAUCAGAAGAUGACUUCGAGCCAAGAAGAUUUCGAGACUCAAAUGAACAUCUAUAUACAGAUACAAUAGAAAAUUAUCAGGAAGAAAUGUCCCAAGGAAUCGUGGAAACAUCCGAAAGUGAGCUUGAGAAAAUCCCUGAAGGAGCUAAGUUCAUCACCAGUAGUGAUCAAAAGUCUAAGAAAUCUUCUACGAAGAAACGAAGCCGGAAGAAUGCGAGAUACUCGAUAGUUCCAGUAGAUUUAUUGAACAAAGUUAAUGUUUUUGAUAAAGAGAAGAUUCAUCGUAAAGCAACUUCCUCUAAGAAAAAAUACUAUGAUAUGAGUGUGACACCUGUUCGUGGUACCCAGGCAAGAAAUAGAAAGAACACUGCAACAAGCCAAUUUCUCAUGAUGAAGAAUUUCCGAGAUAGUCGAAGUAUCCUAAAGAAGCGGAAGUUAAAGCUAGGGCAGAUUAUCUUCAAGAAACCCACUAAUCUAAAGAACAGUAGGAUAAAGAACUCUUCUGAAUAUUCAACUGCUUCUCAGAAGGGAAGCAAAGAGCUGGGUUUCAAAUCUUUAAUGUCAAUUAAUUCUAAGAGAACAAAGCAAAAGAAGAUCAGAAGUAGAGCCAAGCAGAGAGGAACCAUUAAAAUCAAAUAACAACUUAGGAAUCAUCCAGGAGGAAGGAAAUAAAAAGAAGAAUAAGAGGAGCAGAAUGCCACCUUAUAAAAGUAAUAACCAGAGGCUCAUUAAAAAGUCCCAAGGAGAAGAGAGCUAUUUGACUGUCAAAUUCUCCAAUCCCAAGGGAGAUCGAAGAAGGACCGUCUGCAGUAUUAUAAGUGAUGAUGAGAGCAUUGAUAAGAAAAAGAUCUUUUCAGAGAGACUCCCAACUUCUUCACACAAGGUAAGCUCAAGGUCAGGUCAGAAAAAUACUGCUGGGAAUGGAAGCCAAAACCACAGAUAUGAGUCAAGCUAUACCUAUGAAUCUUCUAUUACCAGCACUGAUAAAGAUGAUAUACUUGAUGAGAAGGAAGAAGAGAAAAUGCUAGCUAAGAUGCUCAAACAGAGCUAUGUUAGGAGAAGCACUGAAUUCGAUGGCAACGGUACUCCAAAUCUGACUGAUAUGCCAUCAAAGAGGCGACCCUCCUCUGCUCUGAGUCGAGAAAGCUUCUUUAUUCCUUAUAUGUUUGCUAAAGAGAACGAGAGGAAUACAAAUGAAAAUAAAGAUAAAGCAAAGGCAAUUGCAGCACUUGAAGUUUCAGAAAGAUUAGGGGACAAAUCAAGCUAUUGAGACUAUGUUGAAAGCAAAGGAGAGUCUCCCCAAAAAUCUCCAGCAUCCAACGAAUCCAAACAGUUAAAAAUUCCUGUACGGCCGAAGAAAGGCGAUCAAAUUUCGAUGACCGAUGUUAGAGCAGUUGCCAAAAAUAACUCAUAAAGUCCAUUUAAUGAUUUAUAAUCUAUAAGUUUAUAUUAUUCC